UCUUUUUCUUGUCACAUAGAUAGAUUUGGCAUUGUGUGCAUUUUAGGGACGUGGGACUCUAUUUUCCAAUGCAAAGCAAAUUUGAACAGGAGCUGCAAACUGCCAUAUCCUGGAGAAGGAGGAUCAUCUUCCAUCUCUGCUUAUUUGUAAUGCCCCAGUCUAGUUGGAUUGCAUGUCUGAGUGAUGAGAGAAAUAUGAACUAAGUCAGUCAACAGCCACUGCAAUGUUUUGUCUUCACCUGACUUACACCAGAAGUUUCCACUUCAGUCUUGAUCCUGGAAGUCAUCUGAGAAGAUGCUGAAGUUCUCUCAGGACUCGUUCAAAGGGCCCUUCUGAUCGCACCCUAUCAUCUCUUACAACUCUGGUGCCUUCUGCUUUUUCUCUGACAAAACCCACAGCUGAACCUGGUACAACUACCUCACCAUCCAUAGCCUCAGUGCCUAUCGCUCAUUCUCUGUCAGCUGCUAAAAGCCAGGUGACUUCUACUGAUUCCCCAUCUCUUCCCGCAACCUGGAUGUCUUCUCCUCACUCCUUAUCACCUGCCAUUGCUGAGGCGAGGGAUCAUCCAACUGAUUAUCAACCUCACAUAUCCUCUGGGAAGGAAAGUGGGGCACAGCAAGGGAAAGUCUUCUCUCAGGAAUUAGCAGCACUAGCUGGGGCAGAGGUGGUCCCCCAGCCUGUUCCCAUAAUUGGUCCUAGUAGGAGAAUUGCCAUCCUAGACACACCAAAGGGCAAAGCAGAGGAUGGCAGAGACACCAGGAGCUCCCCUUCCCAGUGGACAAGUUCCUUACUCUCUGGUGCUGCAGCCACUGCAAGGGGACAUUCAAACAGGAAGCAUGGUAGAGCCACCUGCUGGCAUGCAGAAGCCUCCUGGCAUUCUUUCCUUCCAACAUCUGGAACAAUCCUUCAUCUCCUCAAUAAGUCUGAAUCAAAUGGUGAAAGACCUACAGCUGCAUACUAUGCAAAGUCUGGAGACGUUUGGUGGGGUGCUAAGGAUGGAGUACUCCAUGUACCACUCACACAGCAGCUGCAGACCUGGUUGCCCUCACCCUCUUUCACUGCAAGGUCCUUCACUACGUAUCUAUCCAUGGAUUAUCGAACUGAAGAAGGGCCAUGCCCAGGAAUGGAGACUGGUGGAGGAGGUGGAGGAGAAUGAAGUGAAGAAGCACCCACCACCAGAACGAUACAGCAGGUGUGCAGGGGGAGUGUCCUAUAUGACAUGGACCCCAAGGCUCAUAGUAACCUGGACAGAUGGAUGGCACAACCUUCUCCAAUGAGAAUCAAAGUGCAGGAUCCCUUCUUCCAGGCCCAAUGGGAUUUUACCAACAAGGUAAGGGACCAAGAGGAGUGCCCUAGGACCUCUGGUGUUCACCACCAAUCCCAGCAUGUCCCUGUGGGCAGGAAACAUCAUCCAGGCUUCAAGGGUUCUCCCGUAGCUCAGCCCUGCCAGAAGCUGUACCACUCACACGGCAGCUGCAGACUUGGUUAUCCUCUUUCGCUGCGGGCUCCUAUGCUGUGUGUCUACCCAUGGGUUAUCAAGCGCAAUGAGGAGCUGCAUCUGUACCUGCACUUCCUCCACAAAGUGAAGAAGGGCCAUGCACAGGAAUGGGGACUGGUGGAGGCGGGGCAGGAGAAUGAAGUGAAGAAUCACCCACUAGAACGAUACAGCAGGUACACAGGGGGGAGCAUCCUAUAUGACAUGGACCCCAAGGCCCCUUGUAACCCAGACAAAUGGAUGGCACAACCUUCUCCAGUGGAGACCAAAGUCCAGGAUGCCUUCUUCCUGGCUCAAGGGGCUUUUACCAACAAGGCAAGGGACCAAGAGGAGUGCCCUGGGACCUCUGAUCACCACCAAUCCCAGCAUGUCCCAGUGGGCAGGAAGCAUCAUCCAGGCUUCAAGGGUUCUCCCAAAGUUCAGCCCUGCCAGAAGCUGAAGAAGUCACUUCUUGCACUCACACGUGUGGUGGAGCAAAUGGGAAAAGUUCUCUUUCCCAGUGAGAUGCAAAAUUUGGAGAUGGGCCAUCAGGAGCUGAGGUCAGAGUGUUUUGUGUCUCAUUUGUGUGGUGGAAAAACUGGGAACCCAGGUGCUCAGGAGCUCACAGCCUUUCAUGGAUCACCUGGGAGGAUGAGACAGCCUAUUCUAGUGAAUGUUCAGAUCCACAGUCCCCCCUGUUUAUCUCAAAGGGAGCUCGCCGAAACAAAACUAAAGAAAAAGGAGCCCCCCUUGCUAUAUGGCAGACGGCCCCGAUUCCACCAAGAAAUAGACUUUAUGGAGAUCUCUGGUGACCCCCCAUUGCAGGACUCCCCUGUCAUUCCAGGAAAGAGUUCAGAAAGAGCACAAAAUCUUGGAGCCGGAAAGAAGAGCACCACCAAGGGUUCCCAUAGGAAAAAGAACAGUGCAACUCAGCUGCGUCCAAGGGGCCAUAGAGUAAGCUCCCUGCUUCAUCAAACCAUUUGCUUACCAUGGUGUGGUGCUGCCACACAUGAGCCUUCUAAGACAGAAGUUCAGACUGAGUGCUCUGAACAUGAUCGCAAUACAACGGUGAGGUCUUGAAAACACUUGAAAAGAAUGCGGUGUGCCAUGAAACAGGCCUGGGCCCAGAUCCGCAAGACAAGUAGAGGGGCUAGAAGGUUGUAGGGAAAUUAAAAUUAGAAGAGAAAAGAUAGAAUUACCCCAACAAAUAGGAAUGUUUAUAGUAUGGUAAUGUGUGAAAGGGAAUGUAAGAGAGGGGAUAAGGUGGGAAAGGAAGGGAGGAGGGAGGAUAGAUAGGUAAGGAAGGGGUAGGACAUUUUGAUAGAUCGAAGAUAUCUUGUAUUUAAUCCUAUGUUUAAAUUUAUAUUUAAUCAUAUUAUUCUAAUCCUUUACAUUUCUUCCCCUCUUCUAUCCUUGAUGCAGUUCCCCAAAGCUAUCUCCUAAAAAUAAAACAAAAAAUAAAACCUUUUAAAAUAAAAUCCAGUAUCGCUAUCUUUCCCCAUUUAUUUCCUAGAAAUGUUAUUACCUCUUCCAUUCCUUUAGAAAGAAUAGCAGCCUUUUUAAUGUGUUUUGUAUAUGUGUGUGUAUUA